AUGGUUGGAGUGCCUCGCAGCGCCGGGUGCCUUGCUUGUGUAAAACGGCGGGUAAAAUGCGACCAGGCGAGGCCCGGCUGCGGCAACUGCGCCAGACUUGCCAGGUCAAGGUCCAAACAAGGCAACGACGACACGGACACCAUAAUCACAUGUCCGGGCUAUGACCGCGGUUUCAAGUUUGUGGCCGGGAAGCAUCAAGUGCGUAGCCGUGGCGGGGCGGGUCGUGGUGGUGGUGGUGGCGGCGGCGGCCGGGAUGGCCGUGAUGGUGAUGGUGAAAGUGACGGUGACGGUGACGGCUGGCCCGUCGAGACCCUCUCCAACCUCGAACUCAUCCCGCGGCCGCCCCGGUCCGGCCAAGGCCGCAGCCAAGUCCGCGACCUCAAUCGUGCCGGGAACCGAGCUGUGGGGGAGCUGCAGCUGCGACGAGCAUCUCAGGAACAGGGCCAGGGCCAGGGCCAGCACCAAGGCCAGAACAUCCUCCAAAUGUGUCCCACCCCCACCCCCAACAGGGCCCAGCUCAUCGGAAACACCAUCCAGGCCCUCUACGGGGCUCAGCAAGGCGGCGAGAUCAUGCUCUUUGCGCCCUGGUUCAACUCGGUCCCCCAGAAGCUGGGCAACAAGCCCUCGCUGGACUACGCCAUGGCCGCCUUCACCAUCCACCUGCUAGGCAAGGCUGAAGGCUCGGCCCAUCUCAUUGCCGAGAGCCUGUCGCUAUAUGGCCAGUCCCUCGCCGCCCUCCAAAGAGCCUUGAAGCACCCGGUCGAGUGGAAGGCCCCCGAAACACUCUGCGCGACCAUGCUGCUUACUUUUUACGAGGCGUUUGCGGGAACCAGCGACGGCAACGAGCGGGCCGUCAACCCGAGCAGCUGGAUGAAGCACGCCAAGGGCGUGUCGAUGCUCAUACAGCAGAGGGGGGUCGACGCCUAUAGGGAUCCUUGGGAUCGCUCCAUGCUGCUGUCAUUCCGCACCUUUAUAAUUAUGCACUGCAUGUUUUCAGACGAGGACUGUUUUCUGGCCAAGAAGAAGUGGCAGAACGUUAUUGCCGCCAUGCAGCCUGCCCAAGACACGUCGGCCAUGUCGGCCACUGCCGUGAUCGCCGCCACACAUGUUGAUGCUUACUUCAACCACCUGGCCAAGGUGCCGGGCCUUUUGCACCACGGCAUGGCGCUGCGCGAGGCCACAGCGCGGGGCCUGCCCAUCGACACGUCGCGCAUCGUGCUGCUCGUCAAGUCGACGGCGCAGCUGCACAGCGAGCUGGGGGCGUGGCUGGACGGCUUUAUGAAAUUCACCCCCAGCCCCGUCGAGAGACCGUCGCGCGACCCGGACUCCAUCUUUGACUCGGCGCUGCACUACGAGAGCCCGUGGUACGGCGCCGUGUACAUGAGCUACUGGGCCACCAUGUUGAUUCUACAGGAGAUUCUCAACCUCUGCCACUACCCCGUCAGCUACGCCGCCAGCAACAGGCAGCUGGCCGACAAUAUCUUCCGCUCCAUCGAGACGGUGCACCCGGGCUACAUGGGCCCGUACCGCGUCGGCUACCCCGUGCGCAUCGCCUACGAGUUCGCCGACGUCAGCACCCAGGUCUGGCUCGCCGCCGUCUUGGCCAAGACAGAGAAGCACUAUGCCGCUACUAGCCCCACGGGAUACCCAGAGCCCGGGACCACCAGCCCCAUGUCCGCUUGA